GCAGCGGAAACCGGGAGCCCGCGCGCUCAGGGAGCGUCUCACAACAAGACCCGGAGCUGGGGCAGAGGGAGCAGGCCUUCAGGCUGGGACACAGGCCUCUCACUGCCGCUUCACAGGCGGCCGCAGUGACCCAGGGACAGCCGCCGGGAGGCCGGGGCCCAGGACCAAGGGACAGCCGCCGGGAGCCGAGCCCAGGGACAGCCGCCGGGAGCCGAGCCCAGGGACAGCCGCCAGGCCCAGCCCCAGGCCCGGGGCAAAGGGACUGCCGUCGGGAGCUGGGGCCCAGGCCCGGGACACAGGGACAGCCGCCGGGGCCCAGGCCCAGACCCAGGCCAGGCCCGGGGCCGAGGGACGGGAGCCGGGAGCCGGGCCGCUCCGCCAUGAGUGCGAAUGGCCAAAGGAAGCGGAGGAAGAGUUUAAAUCCCUCCCGUUACUCGGGUAAUGAAGGAGGAGGCUGUGAGAGGUCUGAUUCCACAGUUGAAGACAAAGAAGAAAAAAGUCCUGAACACUCUAACAGUUCAAGCGAUUCACAAGACCUUUGCAUGGCCUUGAGACCAAUAAACUCUGUUUUGAAAGGAACUAGCAAGAGGCAAAGUGAAUUUGAUAACUGGAGUCCUUUAAAUCACCAAGUGAACAGAUUUAACACACAUCAUCCUGAACAUGGAGUUUCAACAAACAAUAAACACCAAGACAAUGCAAACGAAAGUUCAGUUGGUGAUAGUUCGGAAAAUCGGGCCAAGUCCCCUUGCUCAACGGUUCUUUAUCAGCAUAAGUGGCCUCUUCGAAAACCAUCUUGUGAUGGGCUGUAUAGCUGUGAGCAUUGUGACUUCAACAGCAAGUACCCAUCAGAGCUGAAGCAGCAUGUUAUUCUCAGGCACACAAACACUCUGCCGAACAUCUGUCCAGUUUGCAAACAUGAAUUUCUAACGUACGAUCUACUUCAUAAGCACAUGCAGAUCCAUGAAACAGAAGAGCCAAAUGCUUGCCAGUUGUGUAGCUACAGUGCAGAAAACCCGAAGGAGCUGGAGUUACACGUGGCGGAUGUCCACAGCACUGAGUAUCUGUACUGGUGUGAACAAUGCAACAUCCACUUCUGCAGUACCAGUGAGCUGCAUCUUCACUUGCAGCAACAUGAUGGCGAUGAACAGUACCUCUGCCAGUUCUGUGAGUAUGGCACAGAUGAUGCUGCUGAGCUACAUAGCCAUGUCCUUGCUGAACAUGCAUACAGCCUCAUGGAGAUGAAUGACAGUUCCGAAGAUGGACUUCAGGGACCUGCAGGCUUCUUAAGUAAAGUGAGCUUUGACCGGGAGAGAAAUUUUUUUAUCUGUCAGUCCUGCGGCUACAGGAGUCGGUUGUACGGCAAUGUAAACCGGCAUGUGGCAAUUGAGCACGCCCGUUUUUUCCCAUAUGUGUGUGAUGAUUGUGGGAAGGGAUUUUGCAACACAGCCGAAUAUAACAAACAUUUGAAUUUGCACUCUUCUCAGGAGAUCUACUUGUGUCAGUACUGUGAUUAUUCUACUGAGCAAAUUGCAAACCUCCGAUCCCAUAUCGACAUAAGCCACGCUGCAGCGCUUCCAUACAAAUGCGAGAUGUGUAUGUUGAGGUUUGCAAAUGAUGGUGACCUUAUGUGGCAUCUUGCUAAACACAAACAGAAUAAUGAGCUGCUAUGGUAUCAGGGAUAUGAUUAUUAAACAUAAUUUUAAACUUUGUUUCUGUGGCUGUGUCUUGUAGAAUUCCACGAGUGUGAAGCUACAUUGUUUUUUGAUUAUUUGGAAGGUGUUCCUGUGGAAGAGUGCCAUGUAAGUCCUCACAAGCCUAUCUGUCUGACUAUAGAGAAUCCAAAGUGGCUUAACUGAGUGUGUGAAGCGUUUUCUGUUGCUGUUCUAUUUCGCCGAUUGUAGCACUGUGUGUGAUGGCUGAGAACCAAGCAAGAAAGCAUUCCAAAUUCCAACCUGUCACAAACAUCAAUAUUUUAAAGUCGAAUGUAAACCAUGAGUAUAAAUGGGGGAAACUGUAAAAGCACAGUCUGUGCCCUGGUAUCUGGAAAGUUAAAACAGCAAAAGAUAGACCUUCCCAUUUGGGUGUUAUCUGAAAUCUGUGCACAAAUUGUUUCCAAAAUUGAAACUAGGUUUCCCUCGUGCUCCCCCUCUUGCACUACCUCCUCUCUAAGUUUCUAAACUGUCUUAUUUAGCCAAUGUUUUAAAAACUUUUUUAAAAAAAUUACUUUAAGAAAGGUCCUUGAUUUAUGAACAAUAAUCUUGUGCAACAUGAUCCAUACAGCCAACAUGGAUAUAUCACAAACGAUUAGAAAGUGAAUUAAUGUCUAGUUCACCACCUGUGAAUAGUCAGCUUUGCAAAUAACUAAUUACCUUUAAAACAAUUGCAUUUGGUAUUUAUAAUGGUUUGCAGAAUUCAGUUUCUUUGUAAGUUUAAAAUUUUGCACUCAAAGCUUUUGAAACAUGUUUGUCAGCACCUGGCACCCAAAGAGCUUUCUUAAAUUUAAAAGUCUCCAUGAAUUUUGCAAAUUAAUACUAUUAAUGGAAACUUAAUUCAAUCUGCAGACGUGUCAGAUUUGUAACAGGGUCAGCUUCCACCACAAUGCUUUUCAAACUAGCACAGGAGAUAGCAGGAAUUUAGUUUAGAUCUGGAUUUUUUUUUUAGUUUUCUAACUGACUUCCGGAGAAUUUCCAGUGAAAGGCCAUUUGGUUGCACGGUGCCAGAAACUACAGACUCCUUGGCUAAAAAUCUAUUUUUUCUUCAAGAUUAUUUUCUAAUCAUAAUUUUUGCAAUGGCAUGCUGGUGUUUUACAAGUCCUGAUUGUUGCAAGAGGACCCAAGAUAACAGGAGAGAGAGGAGAAUCUUCUGCAUUUCUAAACAGAUCAUUGAGGUAAUAUUGGCUGCAUGUGUUGUCUACAGACUAGGCUAUCCUAACCAAACUGGUUGUUGGGACAAGAAUAAAUUUAGCAAAAUUACAGAGCCGAAUUAAAUUUGAAUGCAUCUCAGCAAAGGAUAAAUAUCUCAAGAUGGGGAAUCAAGGAAAACCUUACUGCGGAAAACAAUCCACAGACCAACAAUGCUGUUCUUUUUUCAGACUUUCUUACAUUAAAGAUGAUUUAGUAAUGGACCAAUGGCUUGCAAUGUUUCUUGUAGAUGUACAAAGAGAUGCACUUGUACCUGUACAAGUGUACAUUAUAAAAAUAUAAAAUUAUGCUUUCUUAACACACUUCCACUAUGUCAGAGUGCCCUUCAAGGUUGGAUGGAUGUGAUAGUAAUGUAUAUAAACAGAAGAUGGUUCAUAUAUUCAGAGUGUCUACAGUGAUUUUGUGGAUAUCACCUGAGCACUGAUAUCAGAUUUACUGACCUUUUAUAGUUCACUGACUGUUAUUUAGUAUUUAUUUUGAAGGCAUCUUAUCCAUGGGUAUGGUGCAGUAUGACGGAUCUCUGACCAGCUUUCUUGAAAGUGGUUUGGGCAAAGUAUCACUCCUUUCUUUAUAAUGUAUAUCAGUAUGAUUACGUAGGCUAUGUAGAGCUGAUUGUGCUGAAGAUCGUGUCAAUGUUAUGGAAUAAGUGACAUCAAUUUUGAAAAUUAAAAUAAACUUUGUCAGCUCAGUUGGAAAUUAUGGUUAUCUUGUUUUAUUAUAGUCAGUGUGUUUGUGUUCUUAAAUAUGCAAAAACUCAUAUUUCGAUUCUCGUUCGG